CAUUUAUUCUGCUGCGCGGGUACGGACAGAUUCUAUGCCAGAGCCAGCCGGCUGGUGGCUCCGAUAGCUGCGUCCCCUCACCCUCUCGCGUCACCGCUGCCGCCAUGCCCGGAGGUCUGCUUCUCGGGGACGAGGCCCCCAAUUUUGAGGCUAAUACCACCAUCGGUCGCCUCCGUUUCCACGACUAUCUGGGAGAUUCAUGGGGCAUUCUCUUCUCCCAUCCUCGGGACUUUACCCCAGUGUGCACCACGGAGCUUGGCAGAGCUGCAAAGCUGGCACCAGAAUUUGCCAAGAGGAAUGUUAAGUUGAUUGCACUUUCAAUAGACAGUGUUGAGGACCAUCUUGCCUGGAGCAAGGAUAUCAAUGCGUACAAUGGUGAUGAGCCCACGGAAAAGUUACCUUUUCCCAUCAUCGAUGAUAAGAAUCGGGACCUUGCCAUUCUGUUGGGAAUGCUGGACCCAGCAGAGAAGGAUGAAAAGGGCAUGCCUGUGACAGCUCGUGUGGUGUUUAUUUUUGGUCCUGAUAAGAAACUGAAGCUGUCUAUCCUCUAUCCAGCUACCACUGGAAGAAACUUUGACGAGAUUCUCAGAGUAGUUAUCUCUCUCCAGCUGACGGCAGAAAAGAGGGUUGCUACCCCAGUUGAUUGGCAGGUUGGAGGCAGUGUGAUGGUCCUUCCAACUAUCCCUGAAGAAGAAGCCAAAAGAAUUUUCCCUAAAGGAGUCUUCACCAAAGAGCUCCCAUCUGGCAAGAAAUACCUCCGCUACACUCCCCAGCCUUAAGUCUCUGGGAAGUUGGUGCUGGAGUUGCUCACUUAGCACAGUGAGCCAGGGUUUGCUACCUGCCAAUCAUGUUUUCCUGCAGAAAUCCCAUAAAACCAUCCAAGUGUGAUCACAGCCAAGGCCUUUAGGUUGCUUAUUAGGUGGCUUAUUAAAUGAAAAUGGCACUAAAAUUUUGGGGGGAUUCAUUUACUCUGUGCCUUUAUCAGCUCUCUGUUCUGUCCCUGUAUCUCAGCAUUCUGCUGGCUCUUUCUGAAAUAUAUUCUCUGUUUGGGGCUGGAAUCUCAUUUCAGGGUUUGUAUUUUGCUCCAUCAUAGAAUAGCUCAGCUUUUCAGCUGUCCUAAUCAAAUCCUCUCUUCUGUUAGCCAUUUUGGGGAGUAACAGAACUUGAGAUUCAGCUUUCUAGGUAAAUAAUUAACCCAAGAACAUAGAGUAAUCCAGAUAAUCUUCAACAUUCAGUGUUUUAACCACAGCUGGGGGAGAGAAUUUUUUAAUUCUGUACUUUUCCAUCCCAUUUGGGAAGGGUGGGAGGAGGGAAUUUUAAAGUAUUUUGCUAUAAAGAAAAUAAAAUUUUGCAAUAAAUUUCUAUCAAAAGGGGGAGCUACAGAAAAAAAGAUGUACCAGAAAGUGGACAAUCCUAUAGCAAGUUCCACGUAUUUUUCACAUAGUAUUUCUGGGCAUCAGUCUGCUCUAAAAUGUGAUAUACAUAAAAGAGCACACCUUGGGAAGAAAAGAAAGGGUGAUUUUAAAUGUUUUAUUAUAGUGGUAGGUGCACUAUUGCAGUAGGUGGCUAUUUUCUGAAUUUUGCUUUUUUUGGGGAUUAGCAAAUAAAAUCCUUCACUAAAAGUGGAUCAGAGAAUUCUUUUGUCACAGUUUGAUUACAAGUUUAGACUUGUCCUGAAGGGCAGAGGUUUCCUUGUUGCUAGGAUUGGCAUUAAUACUCCUCUCCAAAGACAAAUUUAUAAAAUUUCAUUUAACGAAAAUUGGGAUCAGCUGAAGAACAUGUGCUUUUGAUUUCACCAUCUUCUUGGCCCACCCAGCUCCUUCAUGUUACUUGCCUGGAUUCUGUUGUCCCUAAUUGUGAUCCCUGAUGUAAAGAACUCCUAACCUAAUGCCUUAAUGGGAUGGUUGAGCUUAAGAAUAUUCCCCUUGAGAGAUGGCACUUCUGUGCUGUUCUAGGUAAAUGUAAAACAUGAUCCCUGGUGCCAUGUGUUAAGUCAUUAAGCCUUUAGUUUCUGAUUUUUUUUUUCCACGUAUAAAAUUUGGGUGAAACUAAGAAGGUUGAGAAUGCAGGUAUAAAUUCCAAAUUUGUACAGUAUUACAGGGAAUGCUCGUCUGAGGGAGAAUUGAGAGGACUGGCCUCCUGCUCUCAUUCUUCCUCAGGUUACAAAGUAGUUUGCCCUUAAAGAACUAUCUGGUCCUCUUGUAGCAAAUCUUCUGACUAGUUCCUCACUCUUCGGCUUCCUGUCAUCUCUCCACUGCUCUCUUCCCUUUGCUUUUUGCCUCCUAAUCCUUGUCUAUCUUGGAGAAGUUGGCUUUAACUCUCUUUUAUAGUUACAGUUCAAAGGUUAACUCUCCAGCCGUAAUGACUCACUCAAACUUUUAUCUUUACUGGCCAGUGGUACAUCUGUCAUCAAAAUUGUAAAUUCAUAGUCCAAUUCAUCAACUUUUCCCCCAACCUCAAUAAACCUAUUGCCUGUCUCACCAGUCAUACUGAGACCCAAAA